AGCGCGCAUUUCCGUCGCGAGAGAGUGGCGGGGCAGCGACUCGGGAGUUCUCUGGUGCUCGCUGGGUUCCUCCGAAUCUCUGGGACACAGAAGGGCGCGCAGAUAUGAGUGACUCUGCGGGAGAGCUCACUCGCCUCAGGUGCUACUCCGAGCUCCCAGUGUGGGUAGUGGAGGAUCAUCAGGAGGUGAGCGGGCGGCUGGAAUUAAGUAUUGAAAAUUGGAUUAUGCCUGCAGUUUAUGCUGGCCAUUUUUCUCACGUAAUAUGGCUUCAUCCCACAUGGGCUCAGCAAAUCAGAGAAGGCAGACACCACUUUUUAGUAGGUAAAGACACUUCUACCACAACGAUCAGGGUUACAAGUACAGAUUAUUACUUCCUAAGUGAUGGUCUUUAUGUACCUGAGGAUCAGCUGGAGAACCAAAAACCAUUACAAUUAGAUGUGAUUUUGGUGAAAUCUUGUAAACUCUGUGACAAUCCAGAAGAAAGUGCUGCAGUGUCUUCUGCAAAGAAGCCCAGACUAACACUGGGAAAUGCAGAAAACACUGCCUCUGCUAACUGUGACUUGGAUUCAGAAGGAUUGAUGAAAGACACCAUGACACAGAAAAGUGACCAAGCUUGUCAGGAGCCAUCAUGUUCAUGUUCUGAAAGUCAGCAAUGCCACACUACAGCCAGCACUAAGGAAAUUAUGGAAAUCUUAAAGCAGGGGGAUGCAUUUGUUUUAGAUAUUGACUUAGAUUUUUUUUCUGUCAAGAAUCCCUUUAAAGAAAUGUUCACUCAGGUAAACCUGGUAUUUUGUAUGUGUGUGUGGGGAGGUAGUACUAGGGAUGAAGAUUUGGUAGAUAUUGUUGAUACUCGAAUUCAUCAGUUAGAAGAUUUAGAAGCAACUUUUGCUGAUUUGUGUGAUGGUGAUGAUGAAGAAACUGUACAGAAAUGGGCUUCAAACCCUGGAAUGGAAUCACUAGUUCCACUUGUACAGAGUUUGAAAAAACGGAUGGAAGUGCCAGAUUAUGAAAUGGUUCACCAAGCUGGUCUAACCUGUGAUUAUUCAGAACUUCCUCACCAUAUCAGCACAGAGCAAGAAAUUGAGUACCUUAUUCAGUCUGUAUAUUGCUUACUGAAAAGUUUACCAAAACCUACUCUUGUGACAAUUGCAAGGUCAAGUCUGGAUGAUUACUGUCCUUCUGAACAAGUUGACACCAUUCAAGAAAAGAUCCUCAGUUUGCUGCAUUCCCUUUAUGGGACUCUAGACACUCACCUGGUAUAUUCAACAGAAUAUUCUACAUCCUGAAACAUACAAAACACUAGGUUCCUGUUACAUCCUAUUAUAAUAGAGUUUUCAUUAACUUAUUUGUAAAUGAGUCUUCCAGAGAACACUUUUUAUGUUACUAUCACUUGAAAUCUUUCAGAUAUUUUAAAUCUUCAAAUAUCAAUUGAACAAAGGCAGGGUUUUUUUUUGGGGGGGGGGUAUUUUGUUACAUCAAAUCCCAACUGUUGCUUAUCUUUCUUUUCUUUAUUGUCUUUAUUUAUGAGGAUUUUUUUUUCAUCUCCUUCUUCCCAGGUCAAUUGAUCUGUAUGAGAAUCAUUCUUACAUUUAUUUAUCCAUUCAACCAGCUGACAUUUAUUAAGCAUUUAUGUGUGCCAGACAUUAUCAAGUGCAGGUGUGUGGUAAUGAACAGAAUAGACAGGGCCCUGCCCUUUUGGAAGAGGUAAAUGAGAAGCAAAUUAUGGAUCAUGAACAAUGUUAUGAGAGAAAGAACAACCACAAACAUAUCUUAGUCAUGCUCUUAGUACUCAGAAUAUUCUGGACAUUAUAGAAAGUAACAUUCACAAAAGCUACUACCAAAAAAAAAAAAAAACCUUUAC